AUGCUAGUUGCUGUAGCGUACGAUGCAAAUAACCAACUGUUUCCGAUUGCCUUUCCAAUUGUUGACAGCGAGAAUCAUGACUCUUGGAAGUAUUUCUUGCAGAAGUUAAAGGAAGCGAUUGGGGAGGUUGAAAACUUAGUGUUUGUAUCGAAUAGGCAUCAAAGCAUUGAACAUGCUGUCGAGGUUAUUUUCCCCGAAGCAUGCCACUGUGCAUGCUACAAACAUAUUUCUAUGAAUGUCACCCACAAGUUCAAGACUGAUGUAUGUAACACGCAAAUAUGGCUGGCCGCUUACGCAUGGUCGAAGAGGGAAUGUGAUAGACAUUUGCAGGUGCUUCGACAGAUGGAUCCUCCCAUCGCUGCUUAUGUUGACAAUAUAGGAUUAGAAAAAUGGGCUCGUCCUUAUUGUCUAGGAGACAGGUACAACAUCAUGACAAACAACGCUGCAGAAAGCCUUAACAACGUGACUGAAGAAUUCCGGGCAUAUCCAAUAACUACUCUAGUUGAGUUCAUAAGGUUCACAUUACAAAAUUUGUUUGCUAACCGUCUCGAAAAGGCAAGUAAGUGUGUUACCCCUUUGGAAACUCAUUUUGAGGAGGAUUUGAUAAAGCAACACGAGGAUGGUAGACGUAGAAGUGUCCUACGUAACGGUGCACAAUUGUUUAAUGUUGGAAGAGGUGCUGACGGUUCUGACUUUGAAAAAGGCGGAGAUGUGAACUUAGUUGAGAGAACAUGCACUUGCAGCAUGUUCCAAUUGUUGAAAAUUCCUUGUCCCCAUGCAUGUGCCGCAGCGCUUACUCAGAAUGUCAGUGUCUACGCUCUGUCAUCCCCCUAUUACACAAAGGAGACGUGGAAGAAUACUUACGAUGCAACAAUUAAUCUUGUGGGCGAGGAGGAUGAAUGGGUGCUUCCAGAACACAUGCAGAACAUGAGAAUCGGUGUACCAGUGGAGAAGAAACCUGUAGGUCGUCCAAGAAAGAGCAAUGCAGGAAGACUACGGACUAACCGAUUUCCAUCGAACAGUCAAAAAGUCAAGGAACCACGCAAAUGUUCAAACUGUGGCGCAUUGGGACACAACAAAGCUACUUGCAAGGCCAGGGUUUGA